CGACAACGUCAUCCUCCAGGACAGCAGGCUUAUCAGACUAAUAAAGCUGGACUCUAUACCGACUCAAUUCACAUAUCUUUUUUACAAAUAGUAUACGAGCGAAGCCUUUCAUCGUCCUUUGCAACAAUGUGUCUUCCGUUCUUCAGACGAAAAAGAGAUGAGGAGGAUGAUUGCUACGCAAACAACUACAAUACUGCCAAUAACGUCAACCAGGGAGCUGCUUACAUUCGACUUCUAGGCGCUGGUCAUCACUUCAUUGGUGACUGGGGCCAGGGUGGUAAUAGUGUUGGGGGCGAAGGUGGAGACGGGGAUGCCGGUGCAGGAUGCGACAGCUAUGGCUGUGAUAGUGGGGGCGGGGGAGAUAGUGGCGGAGGAGGAGGCGGCGGAGGUGGAUGUGACGGGGGAGGUGGAGGAUGCUGA